AUGCUGCAAAGUAGCCUUUUUUUUCCCUACAAAAAUCAAUGCUUGUGAAGGAAUAACAAAUAGUUCUUGUAUGGUGGGUAGCUUUGGAGUGGAAGUCCAAAUGGGACCAUUGAGUGUGACCAUAAAUUAUUGAUGGCCCAUACGCCAAGAUUGAAUUUAAAAUAAAGUUUUGAUCAAAACCUCUCCUUUUCAAGGAUUAAACAUAUCAUUUCUUGUGUGGAAUCCAUCACUCAAUCUCUUAUUUUAAUUGCAUUGGCUAGCAUACUUAAAUCCUCAUUCAACUCAUCCUUGUCCUCACUACUAACUCUUUCUCUUAAAUCUUUUCUUGCAAAAAAAUAACCAAAACCAAGUUUGUUUCAAACAUUCAUUCAUAUCCCAUCAUAAUAAAAAUGGGUGAUUCGAUCAUCGGUGGUCCAAGAAUUUACAGCUGCUACAAAUGCAGAAACCAUGUUGCUCUUCAUGAUGAUAUUGUCUCAAAGGCCUUUCAGUCGAAAAAUGGGAGAGCUUUUCUUUUUUCGCACGCGCAGCACGUGUGUUCGGGUAAGAAGGAGGAUCGGCAGAUGAUGACGGGGCUGCACAUGGUGGCGGACGUGCACUGCGCCGACUGCAGGGAAGUUUUGGGGUGGAAGUACGAGAAGGCGUACGAGGAGUCCCAGAAAUACAAGGAAGGCAAGUUCGUGCUCGAAAAAUACAAGAUUGUCAAAGAGAAUUGGUAGCUGUUCGACCUCUGGCCUUAAGCAUUAAUCACUCUAUCGCUUGGUCAACACAAGCACAUCUGUCUGUGCUGUUUUGCCUUUUGGGAUUGAUUGUACAGAUACAAUAUUUGUUUGGGUGUUGUGUAUACUUAUUUUUCAUCACUGAAAGUGUAAAUGUAAAGAUGUCAACUGGGUGAAAAUUCUUCAUGGACUAA